GAAUCAGAGGUUGUUUCGUCUGUUAGUGCUUAGUGCAUGCGCGUGUGAUUUUCAACACUCUUAAGCCUUAAUUAUAAACGCUUAGUCCUUUAUCUUUUGAGGUUCUCACUUAUAAAAGCCCCACCCACUCUUAAGUUCCUUGCCCAGGACUACAUCUCAAACAUCCCACUUUUCUCUUCCUUUCCUUUAUCCUUCUGCUCAGAUCUGCUCUGUUCUUCUUCUUUUAUUCUCUUCCUCGAUCAACUCCCCACUCUUUUCUUUUCUUUAUUGAAGAAAAACAAACAAACAAGAAACUUGUUCACCACAAGAGGGUGAACCUCCCAAAACAAAAACUACCCAGUUUAACAGGACCUGGUCGCCCAAUUAAGCUGCUUCACUCUAAAUCCAUCAACUAAUCUUUAAGGGGAUUAAAUAUAUAAGACGAACAAAAAUGGCUAACAAAAAUGUGGCUUUCUCGGACGGGCAAGGCGUAGGAGUUGACGUGUCUAGUGUACCAAAUAGUCAAGAUUUGUUCUCUUGUGGAGUACAGAAAUUGUCAUGUACACCCAGUGAUAAUGGGUGUACUAUCGCCAUUUCCCGGAACAAGCUUCAGAGACUUGAAGCCGAUGGUGGUGGGAAUGAUACUGGAACUAGAGUCAAUUCUUGGGUUGAUUCCAUGAGAGCUUCUUCUCCUCCACGUAACAGAAUCACUAGUACUCAAGCUACCACUACUAUUACUACAAAUGCUUCUGUCUCAGAAACUGAAACUGAAGAACAGGACCAAAAUUCUUGGAUAGCUCGCCAUCCUUCGGCUCUAGCCAUGUUUGAGGAGAUAACAAAUGCUUCAAAAGGAAAGCAGAUUGUGAUGUUUCUUGACUACGAUGGUACCCUUUCCCCCAUUGUUGAAGACCCAGAUCGAGCUUUCAUGUCUGAUAAGAUGAGAUUCGCUGUGAAAACAGUUGCUAGAUAUUUCCCAACUGCCAUAGUCAGUGGAAGAUGCAGAGACAAGGUUUAUGACUUUGUGAAACUACCUGAGCUAUACUAUGCAGGCAGCCAUGGAAUGGACAUAAAGGGUCCCACAAAAAUUACCAAACCAAAGAAAGUGGGCUCUUUUUUUUGUCUUCUUCGUGAUUUUGUACUUCGGUACUUUGUUUUCAUUUUUGUUGUGUUGUUGACUUUGGAUUUUUAUUUUCAUUUUAUAUUUUUAAUUGAUACUCAGACUAAGAAUGCAAUCCUCUAUCAACCGGCCACCGAAUUUUCACCUAUGGUUGAUGAGGUAUACAAUAUUUUGGUCGAGAAAACAAAAUCCAUCCCGGGAGUCAGAGUGGAGCAUAACAAGUUCUGCUUAUCAGUACACUUUCGUUGUGUUGAUGAGAAAAACUGGGAGGCUUUGGCUGAUCAAGUUAAAUUGGUUCUCACUGAAUAUCCAAAGCUAAAGCUGACUCAAGGGAGGAAGGUACUAGAGAUCAGGCCAUCCAUCAAAUGGGAUAAAGGCAAAGCCCUUGAAUUCUUAUUAGAAUCAUUAGGAUAUGCCAAUGCUAACCAAGUGUUGCCCCUAUAUAUUGGAGAUGAUCAAACCGAUGAGGAUGCAUUCACGGUUCUCCGUGAAAGAGGACAGGGAUUUGGAAUCCUUGUUUCUAAAUUUCCAAAGGAAACAAAUGCCUCAUAUUCUCUGCAAGAACCAUCUGAGGUUAAGGACUUUUUGAGAGAGUUGGCAAAGUGGAAAAGGGUGUUUAUGCGAAGGGAUGUGGCCGCUAGAGGUGUAUGAGAUUGAGAGUACUAGAGUACUGUUUAACAAAGUGAAACAAUGCACCCGAUAAUUUUGUCAAGGAUGUAUUAAUUUAAUCUAAUGCUGUGUACUUUUUAA